AUGUUGCGCUUGGUCGGCCGUGCCGCACGCUGCUGGGGGACGAGGCGGGCACCGCCGGGGACGGAGCAGGCACCCUGGGUGGCCCAGCACCCCAUGGCUGUGCAGAGGGCAUGCCUCUCCAGUGCUGCUGGGACGGGUGCCUGGCCCAAGGAUGUGGGCAUCCUGGCGCUGGAGGUGUACUUCCCCGCCCAGUAUGUGGAGCAGGAGGAGCUGGAGCGGUACGACGGCGUGGAGGCCGGCAAGUACACGCGGGGCUUGGGCCAGCAGCAGAUGGGCUUCUGCGCCGCGCAUGAGGACAUCAACUCCCUGUGCCUGACGGUGGUGCAACGGCUGGUGGAGCGCGGGCGCCUCUCCUGGGAUGCCAUCGGCCGCCUGGAGGUGGGCACUGAGACUGUCAUCGACAAGUCCAAGGCCGUCAAGACCGUCCUCAUGCAGCUCUUCCAUGACUCGGGCAACACUGAUGUGGAGGGCAUCGACACCACCAACGCCUGCUACGGGGGCACGGCCUCCCUCUUCAACGCGGCCGCCUGGGUGGAGUCCAGUGCCUGGGACGGUCGCUACGCCGUGGUUGUGUGUGGGGACAUUGCCGUCUAUGCCACGGGGAAUGCGCGGCCCACGGGAGGUGCUGGUGCCAUCGCCAUGCUGGUGGGACCCAACGCCCCGCUGGUGCUGGAGAGAGGCCUGCGGGGAACACACAUGGAGCAUGCCUACGACUUCUACAAGCCGGACCUGGCCUCCGAGUACCCAGUGGUGGACGGGCAGCUCUCCAUCCAGUGCUACCUGCGGGCGCUGGACCGCUGCUACGCCGUGUACCGCCGGAAGGCGGAGAGCCAGUGGCAGCAGGCUGGCACCCAGCGACCCUUCACCCUCGACGACUUCAAGUUCAUCAUCUUCCACACGCCCUUCUGCAAGCUGGUGCAGAAGUCGGUGGGGCGGCUGCUGCUGAACGAUUUCCUGGCUGCCCCCAACCCCGACACAGCCGCUGGCCUCUACAAGGGGCUGCAGCCCUUCCGUGGCGUGAAGCUGGAGGACACCUACACCAGCAAGGAGGUGGAGAAGGCAUUCCAGGCAGCCAGCCAGGAGAUCUUCAACCAGAAGACCAAGCCGUCCCUGCUCCUCGCCUCCCGCAAUGGCAACAUGUACACGCCGUCCAUGUACGGUUGCCUGGCCUCCCUCCUGGCACACCCCAUGGGAGGGGGGGGGCCAGGAGGGGAGGGGAGGGCGGCAUGGGGCUGCGGGGCCAGGGCCGCUGGCAAUGCCGUCUCACUUGGAGGGUCCCCACCACCAGGUUCACCCCUGGAUAAGCUGGUCUCCAGCCUGGCCGACCUGCCGGCUCGCCUGGACGCCCGCAAGCGUGUGGCCCCACAGGACUUCGCUGAGAUCAUGAAGCAGCGGGAGGAGACCCACCACUUGGCCGACCACGCUCCCCAGGGGUCCCAGGCAGAUCUCUUCCCUGGCACCUGGUACCUGACCCGGGUGGAUGCCAAGUACCGCCGGGAAUACGCCAGGAAGCCCGUCUAG